ACUUUAUUUUUAUUACAUGUCACCACAUUUUAUAUUUUUCGUAAUUAAUUUGAGAAAGAUAAUGAAGAGGUGUGGUGCGAAAUGGAAACCCAUCAUCACCAGUGCUGGCACGCUUCCGCGUUCCUUGGUCACACUCUUCCACCACUCCAACCCUGUUCAUGGCGAACCCUUCACACAACACCCUUUUCCCCUUCUCGCAUCUCUUGCUCCGCCAGCAAAUUCCCACGUUGGGAUUCCAAUGCUGAAACCUUUCGACCCCGAAAUUUCAAUUUCAAUAGUGCCAGAGACAAGGAACAAGAGAGUGAAGAACAAGAAGAAGGGUAUGGGAAGAAGAGGCGAUGGUGGUCUGAUGAGUAUAGGGAAUUCGAAGAAGAAUCUUCAUCUACUGGGCUUUGGGAAGAAACCAUUGAUGGUUUAUGGAUUCUCAAGGUUUUCAAAUCCUAUGGUUGGAUGCUGCCUAUCAUUUUUGCGUCAUGGUUGCUAGCUAGUGGCCCAAAAGCUUUCCUCAUGGCAUUAGCACUGCCCCUUGGUCAGUCAGCACUUGCACUUGCAUUUGAGAAAUUAUGGGGACAGUCGGAGAACAAACCAAAACGCAAGUACAGGAUGAGGAGGAAAUCCGGCACUGGAAGUGGCACCAGUGUUGACGAAGAACCCGAAGAGAACCAGAAAACCAGAAAGGGCAAAACGGGCUACCAAUCAUGGGUAGUUGAGAAUAAUGGUUCAGUUGAUAGGGGCUGCCGAGAAGCGCCGAGUUUUGGUGGAUGGGAGGACUUGGAGAGAUCAAGACCAGCAUCAAGGUCUCCCCGUGCUAUGGAUGGAUCACAAAGGAUGCCAAUGGAAGCUGGUAGGUUGAGCAGAAGAGAAAGAAAAAGUGACACACCUCUGUUGUUGCGAUUGCUGAUCGCUAUUUUUCCAUUUUUGGGCACAUGGACAAAGAUGCUGUAAUAGACUCUACCAUAACUUGAGCUUGGAUGAGUUGGAUGUCAUUUUUUCCAUCUUCCUCGGAUGAAAAGGAACGAAGUAGUUAUUUUAUGAAAAGGAACCAUCAAAUUUACAUUCUUUAACUGUCUUAUUUUUGGCUUAAGGUAAUUUUGCAAGCCCCCAUUACGUAGUUGUUGGGUUUGCUGUGAUGGGAUUUCCCCAAGUUACACUUUUUAGACAGCUUUUAUGAUUUAACUGUGCUGGAUGCAACAAUUUACGUGAACAGGAUGUGUCACAAGUCCUUCAUCUUGGCUAAAUUCUCAUAUACAAUUUUGCACAUUUAUAAAUGUUUCUUCU